UCACCCAUCGGACAGAAGGAGAAAACUACAAAAGAAACGAAAAAUUUACGUCGUCGUCGUCGUCGUCUUGACCCCAGAGUGUGUGUGAUCGGAAUAGUUUUAGUUAUAAAUUUUAUCAUUGCAAGAUUUGCGCUGUAUAUUUUUGCUAUAUUUCCGUUUUCCAAGAUAGCUCUGAUUUGGAGACAGCUACUAAUUUGUUAGAUUAAAGUCGCGGUAUUUCAGAGGUGAAACGGAUAACAAAGAAGUUGUGCAAAAGGGCGAUCCUAAAGAGAAUAGAAAAAAAAACUUUCGAGAGUUCAAGUUGUGUCGUCUAGCCACCAGCAAGUGCUCAGUGUGCCACAGGAGCAAGUGAGAGCAACGAUCCAGUCGAUUCACUGUCAAUCUAAGCCAGUGAAAAAGUAGCUUGAGAUACCGUGAACAGCGUUUACCGAGGACCUGCCGCGAGCAAAAUUAUGGCGAAGACGUACGAUUACCUGUUUAAGCUCUUGCUGAUUGGCGAUUCCGGUGUCGGUAAAACGUGCAUUCUGUUUCGUUUUUCAGAGGAUGCAUUCAAUACGACCUUCAUCAGCACCAUCGGAAUUGAUUUCAAAAUUAGAACUAUAGAGUUGGAUGGCAAAAAAAUUAAGCUGCAAAUUUGGGAUACUGCCGGUCAGGAACGAUUCCGCACAAUCACGACAGCGUACUAUCGCGGGGCAAUGGGUAUCAUGCUAGUAUACGAUAUCACACAGGAAAAGUCGUUCGAAAACAUCAAGAACUGGAUCAGAAACAUUGAGGAGAACGCAUCCGCUGACGUCGAGAAGAUGCUGCUGGGGAACAAAUGCGAGCUAAACGAGAAGCGACAGGUGACUAAAGACCGAGGUGAGCAACUGGCUGUAGAAUAUGGUAUCAAAUUUAUGGAAACCUCCGCGAAGGCUAGUAUUAACGUGGACGAAGCAUUUUUUACACUUGCCCGAGAUAUCAAGUGCAAAAUGGAGAAACGAAUGGAAGCGAACAAUCCACCUAAGGGAGGUCAUCAGCUGAAAGCAUCUGAGCAACCCCGGAAGGCACCGAGUUGGUUAUCCAAGUGCAAUCUGUUUUGACCUUGUAGUAGACCUAUUACCUAUUGUAACUUUUUUAUAUAACAUACUAAAUAAUUAUACAAUAACGACGACUAUGGUAACAUACUUGUGUAGAACGGUAAAAAAAAAGUGCGUUGAGAAGUGGAAGCAAAUUUUGCAUAAAGAUGUGACCACCAAACACGGAAGAGGCAAUUCACAAAAUGAAAUGCAUGGCACAGAAAAUUAAGCUAAAUUACUCAAUCAUAUUUGUUUUUGUUUCGUUUCCGUAAAAAAGGUAGGUUCAGUUCUUAUGUGAAAAGGGAUAGGAACCCCAUCCUGCUCCCACAAUACAGCAGUGCGGUAAAAACGCGAUGUAAGGUUUUUAAUUUAUUUACACUAUAAAACUAAACAUAGAUAUGACGUGAGAGAACGUAAUGAGUGAUAGCACGAAUAGUUGUGGAACGAAAAACCCACUGAGGUCUAAAAUCAUACAAAAAAAAAAAACAAUAGGAGGUACUGGAUACAGGAGGUACUGCAUACUGGAAUGUUUUCUACUAUUAACAAGGUGAAGUGUAAAUUAGGCAUUCCAUUUCCACGCCACGGGAUAUGCGAUAGACUGGUUUGAUUAACAGUCUUUAAAGCUUCUUGUCAUAUUAUUCGUCAUGUGCAACACAUCGGUUUCAGAAACACUUUCGAGGUGCUAGUAAUCGAGAGUUUCGCUUUAAAAGGUAACUAGCGUUGUACUCAAACAUUUUUUGCUCAUUUGUCUAAGCGUAAUAAGAUGCUUUGAAGAGCUUCUCUCUCCACUAUUUGACGGUGCGCGUCUGUCAGGUAAAAAGGUACAUCUCAGUUUUUAAACACGUUUUGUCAACUUUUCUAAAUAGCAGAACAUGUUUCGUUUAUUCAUAGUUUGACGUAUCCUUUAUCGUAACGAUAACAAAUAAAACUGCAGAAAAUAGAAACCACAGUCGAGACAAAUAUACAUUUGAUCUUAUUGUAUAUGAGAUGAAUAAUGGAAUGAGACAGAAAAAAAAUAAACUCGUUAGCGGCAAACUAUCCAA